CCCACCCCCCCACACACAAUGGCGCACCAGUCGCCGUUGAUCGCGAUCCCGCGCAAGUCGACAACCGACACGGACUGGGCCGGCCCAAUCCGGUCCACCAUCGCGCACUCGUACGGCGAGAGCCCCGACAACUAUGCCGACGAGAUUGGCGUGCUCUCGCGGUGCCGGCAGGACGCUGUGCGCGGCGCGGGGUCGGACACGACGGCCCGCGACCUGCUGUACAAGUACUUUGGCCAGCUCGAGCUGCUGGAGCUGCGCUUCGCCGAGGUCAAGGUGUCGUUUGGAUGGAACGACGCCUUUACAAAUAAGCUCACGACACAGACGUCGCUUGCGUUUGAGAAGGCGUCCAUUAUCCAGCUUCUCGCGGCCGUGCUCUCGUCCCUCGCGGCGUCCCAGUCCCGCGCCGACCCCGAGGGGCUGAAGCGCGCCUACUUCAACUCGCGGGCGACGGCGGGUAUGCUGACGUAUAUCAACGAGAACUUUUUGCAUGCGCCAAGCACGGAUCUGAGCCGCGACGUCGUCCACCUGCUCAUCAACCUCGCGCUCGCGCAGGCGACAGAGGUGUUCACGGAGAAGCUGGUCGACGAGAAGAAGGCCGCGACGCUCGUCGCGCGCUCGGCCAACCAGCUCGCCACGAUGUACGGCGGGCUCGUGGACGAGAUGCGCGAGUUCCAGGGCAAGGGUGUGUUCGACCGCCACUGGAUGACGGUGCUCCAGAUCAAGGCAAAGUACUUUGCGUCCGUGGCGCAGUUCCAGCGCGCCAAGGCCGACGACGCUGCCGGCAAGCACGGCGCCGCGCUCGUGCGGUACACGACUGCCGACGCGGCGGCCAAGGAGGCGGAACGGCUCGCGAGCAACUUCAACUACUCGUUCGUGGCGUCUGCGUCGCCGACGCUGCCGCACGACGCCGGCAGCAGCCUGGCCGAGAUUACCAAGGCUCACGCGACCCUCACGUCUGAGGCCAAGACCCAGGGCGUCAAGAACAACGACUUGAUUUACCAUGAUAUCCUGCCGGCCGAGGCGGCUCUUCCAGCUAUCGACAAGCUCCCCCCCGCCACGUCGGUGACCAUCCAAGAUGUGUACGGCAGCCCCGAGGUGUCCAAGCUCAUCGGCCCGGAUAUCUUCAUCCGGUUGGUGCCCCUCGCUGUGCACGAGUCGGCAUCGGUGUACUCGGAAGAGAAGGCCAAGGUCGUUCGCGCAGAGGUCGAGCGGGUCGAGCUGAGCGAGGGCGAGAGCCGCGCUUCGCUCGAGCACCUCGGCUUGCCAGGGAUCGUGGCAUCGUGGCGCCGGAUCGCCGACGGCGAGGAUGGUAGCGGCGACGACGUUGAUGUCAGCUCGGGCAUCAUCCGGCUCGCAGAGGAAGUGUCCCAGGACGCAUCGUCGACCAACAGCCGCGUCCUCCAGCUGGAGGGCGAGCGUGCAAGGGUCGAGCGCGAGCUGCAGGAGCUCACGGCCCAGCUCGACGAGGAGAGCCGCGAGUGCGAGCGCGCACGCGCAAAGUACAACCCCAACUUUACGCAGUCGCCUUCCGGCCCGCAGACGGGCCACAUUCGCUCUACGAUCAGCUCCAACCUCACGUCGCUGCAGUCGGCCGGGUCGUCGGACUCGCAGAUCAUUAGCCUGUGGAAGAGCAUCCAGCCCGACAUUGCCGUGCUCGCCUCUGGGCCUGAGGGUGUGCGCUCGCGUGCGCGCGAGGUGGCCGCGGGCAAGGACAAGCCCGCGCCCGAGGUGCCAGCUGGCAUGAGCCUGCUCGACCUGCAGGACGACGAUGCGUCGACGCCGCAGAUGGGCGAGGCGGAGCGUGAGGAGCUGCGCAAGCUCGCCAACGAGGUGUCUGAGAAGCUCGAGCGGCUGCACAAGAUCCGGCACGAGCGCGACACGGUGCUCAAGGACCUCAAGGAGAAGGUCCAGAACGACGACGUGUCCAACUUGCUGCUUCUGAACCGGCGAUCGCAGAACGUCGAGCCGCAGCUGUUCGCCACCGAACUGGAAAAGUUCCGCCCGUACCAGAACCGCGUGGCGGCUGCAAUCGCGGCUUCCAAGGGCAUCACGACCGAGCUCGAGGCGCUUGUGGGCAAGAUUGAGCGCAGCAAGGGGGUCAAGGAGCGCCAGCGUGGCGCCAAGGAGCGAAACAAGCGCGUGCGCGACUGGGAGCGCCGGCUCGACCGUGCUGGGGUGUCCAAUGCUGAGGUCGUCGACGGGCUUAACAAGGCGCUCGGGUUCUACGGCAGCAUCGACGGUGUGAUCGGGGACAUCAAGCGCGAGGUCGGCAGCUUUGUGUCGUCGCGCAACGCCGAGCGGAACCGCCUUGUUUCUGACCUGGAGACACGUAGCCGCAUCUCUGGCGGCGGGACCACACCCACUGCCCCACCAGCGCCGGCACGCACCCUCGAGUCGCAGUUCGGCGGCCUGAAUGUCGGCGGUGCUCCUCCGGCCCCUGCACGCCCUUACACCUCGCCUUCGCCCCCCGCUUCGUCGUCGCCGUACCCCGCCCCUCCGGCACCGCCAAAGCCCACCUCGCCCGUGUCCCCAGCGGCCGCGCACAACCCGUACGACUUUGGCAGCCUAUCGAGCCUGCCGUCGGCGUUUUCGACCGGUGCGCCGGCGCCACCCCGCCAGCCGUCGUACCCCUCCUUCCCAUCGGCGCCGAGCGCUCCGCCGCAGCCCGCAUACCCUGCGCCGCCAACCCAACCGUCAUACCCGGCGCGCACGAGCUCGUACCCCGCCCCCCCGACCCCAGGCGGCGGCGCGUACCCGCCUCCACCACCGGCUCCCGGGUCGAGCGCGUACCCACCGCCUCCGCCGUCUCGCCCAGCCUACGGGUCUCCUCCGCCCCCUGCGCCUGCGCAACCGGCGUACCCUGCCCCGCCUCAGCAUCAGCAGUACGGCGGCUACCCCCAGCAGCAGCAGCCGGGCUACCCCUCGGCCCCGCCACCCCAGACUGGAGCGUACCCCUCGCCGCCUCGCCAGCCGUCCUACCCCGCCCCGCCGCAGCAGUACGGCGGUUACGGUGCGCCGCCAGCCCCGCCAGCUGGCCAGCAUCCCCCGGCCGGCAACUACCCACCUUAUCCCCCACCGACGGGCUACCCUGCGCCUCCUCCGCAGCAGCCGCAACAGCCUCCGUACGGCGGAUACCAGGCCCCUCCUGGCGGGUAUGGCGGAUACCCGCGGCAGUAGUGCAGUAGUAAUCUUGUGAUUGGCAGUUGCAUCGGGUUGUAUGUGGCAAGGGGGGUUGAGUACCUGACAUGUCCGUCCGUUCCCCACUAUUAUUACCCCAGC